CUCACACACACUCACACACAAGCGCCGUCCAGCAGGCGAGGAAGCACAGGUAUCAUGACCCUGCUCCAGGACACCCUCCACUCUGACUCCUCCAACAACAGACGCCUUGUCCACAACUGAAACGUCUCUUGAAAAACAUGAUGAGGAAUCACUGAGGAAGUGUUUUAUUUGCUUUUCUCAACCUCGCCACAUUUGAAUUGUCCUCAAGACCUCAGGGAUUGUAACAGGAGCAUGAGUUUGAAGAGGAAAAAAGCGGGGCUGGUCAUCAGCUGGCAGAAGUCCUUCUCCAUCCUGGCUCCUUGGAGGAAAGGAAAAGGAGACAGAGACACCGUACUGGACAGUGAGGUUGUCCUGACUAAAAUGAAGCUUUUCAGCAACUUCCAGGAGAGGUUCCUGAUGGCCGAAGACAACGUGUCCACCAUCUCCACAGUGUCCGUUACAGAGCAGGACAUUUCGGACCCCACCAAAGCCUCUGAGGUGAAUUCCCAUCUUGAUGACAAGUCCGGACAGCCUCGGAUGGAGUCGGACUCUGACUACCUGUCUGCCAUUUUCUUACACUCUCAGAUGCCGAGGUUGUACAAGUUUGAGUCGGAGGACUCAGGAGUGGAGCUGACCAGUGGAGCUAACUCUCCGUCCACCCCGACAGGCUCUGAGCAGAGCUUCAUGGUCCACAGUCGAGAGUCCUCCUGCAACACCUGCAACCUAAACUCUGACCCUACCACUCUCCCUGAUAAACUAGUCACAUACGCACAGGGCUCAGAGAUUAAACAGGCAGAGGAAUCAGUAGAUAAUAGUCUGAGCACAGCAGUGGAUACUCAGGAUAAUGUGUUCAUGCACUCAGAGAAACUGAGCUCAGCUGCGAGAGUGGAACUGCACAUAGGUGAGGACGUGGACGGAGACCAGUGUAGGGCUUCGGGAAUCCGCCCUGAAAGACAUGAGGGGAUGAUGUCUGGACAGCUCAAGGAGAACAGUGUUGUAAGUGAAAGGACCUGCUUAGAGGACACAACAGGAGCCUGCGAUGACAUGCCAGCCACUGACUGUCAGCCGGAGCCUAUAAGGAGGAGUGCCACCAGUGACAGCCUGAGGGAGUACAUGGACGAAUGCUGCAAACUUAGUGAGGCCCAGCAGAGUCCCAGCCCUCUGGGUUCAGGCCUGGGUUACCUGGAGCACAUCUGCCAACUCAUCGAGAAGAUCGGCCAACUGCAGGAGACCAACCUCCAGCUGCAGAGGCACAUCUGCAGCCUGCAGAAGGACGACAGGAUGACAAAGACCAAAGAGGACUUCUUCCAGCAGCACUGCAGCUGUGGAGCGGCCAGCUUGGCUUUCCAGGACGUUCACAAGAGACACUUCAGAAGUGAGUGUCUGUCCCCCAGUGGAACCCUCUCUGACCUGUCCACCAUCCACGAGGUCACCUGGCGUCCACUCAUAUCAGCCAGAAGAGACCUGAGCGGCGAGGGUUCGACUCCCGUCCCUCUGUGGAGGAAAGGCUUGAACCGAAGCAGUUCCACUGAGGGGGAGGUCCGCUUCCUCGGGGACAGCACGGACGGACUGUCCACCCCCCAGCGCAUGCUGAGGGAAAGCUGUACAUGGGGCCGAGUCAAGGACCUGGUGAGGAGAUCGAAGCUGAGGAACCAAAGCAGGCUGGGACUGACCUCCACCUCGCUGAAGAUGUCCUGCCCACAACUCUACAUGCCGGACCUGGAACCAGCAGAUCCUGCUGCCAGAAACAGGAACUCCAUGAUUGCCUUGGGCCACCAGAGCAAAUUGGACUUCCCCUGGCUGCAAUAACCAUCCAGAGGAGGACGCCGUGACGAUGGUGAGAUGAUUCAAGACUGGAAGAGAAACCAUGAAGAAAAAUGAGGGAAUUAGGAAGAGAGAGAACAAUGGUGGGAAAGGAAAGGACUCGGAGGAGGCAGCUGGUGCUGCAUGAAAGUGAGAAUGAGAGUAACAUGUGAAACUCAAUAACUGUUUAUUGCAGGGUACAUGGAAAAUAUAGGCAAAGUUCUCCUAUAAUGAAGAAGAUGAGAUUACUCCAUGUCCAAAAUGAUCUCCACUGUGACAUAAUUACCUGCGUUACUUUCUCUGUUGAUACUAUUUACACUCCCGUAGGUUUCCAUUAGGAUGCUGCAACAUUUGUAACAAUCCAAGUGAUGUUUCACAACUUUCCAUUUUAUAUGAUGUUGUAAAUGUGUUGUAGACAAAUCACACACUACUUUGUACAGUGUGUGUGUUGCAUAACCAGCGUGCAUUCAGAGAUAAUGUAUAUGAAGAGUGCAGGAGAAAAACCCUGCAGAGUUCCUGCUGAUAGAAGGUUGUGGAGAAACAUGUCUCUUUGCAAUUGUCCAGCUUUUACUUACCUUCAUUAAAGUACUCGUUUUGUGACAGGCUCAGAUUAAUAUUUUAACUGUCUGACAACAUUAUGGAAAGGACUUCUAAGGAGGUCCACCUUUCUGUUAAAGAGUAAGAUCCUUUUUUAAACAUAAAAACACCUGCAAAAUUAAGUUCAAUAAACCCACCAGACUCCAUGUAAAUAAACAGUACUUUUAGCACCGUAAAAUACACUUCAUUCAAAGUCAACAGAAAUGAAAUAAUACUAUGAAGAGCUGUUUUGGAUCGUCGUUACACUUUUCCAACCAUCACAACUCUAGUUUAAGUUGAAAUAAACACAUAGUUUACUGAUUUACAUGUGAAAAUAGGUCGGCUCUAUGCACGCUAAAAGUAUUGUUUAUUUAAAUGGAGUCUGGUGGGUUUAGCGCUAGGGACCUUAGAGCUGUUUAUGGUUAAACAGAAAGGAAAAAGUAGGAAGGGAGUUUUUAAAAAGGUCUAUUUCAGUAGGAAUACUUUCCAUAAUGUUGUCAGACACUUAGAAUAUUAAUCUGAGCCUUUCAGCGGCAAAAAUAGAACUUUUUAGAGGACCAAAUUGACGAUGCACAUUUUUUAUUAGAUUGUGUAGAUAGACUCGGAAAGGGAGAGAGAGGGGAUGACACGCAGGCCACCGGUCGGAAUUGAACCCCGUGGCCCUAACCCGAGGGCUCAGCCUACAUGGUUGCUUUGGGGGCGACCUCUAGCUCAUUCGGGGGGGUGCGCCACUCUACUGAAUGAGCUAGAAGUCGCCCCAAAAGUCAUUUAUUUGCCAAUGUACAGACUCUACAGACUAACACAUUGUUCUUAAAACAUAGCAUGAACCGUGGUUAUUUCUGGUGUGUUGCAGACUGCUCUGCUUUCCCUUUUGUCUUUGGAUGUUCGUAAAUUAAAGUCAGAAACAUUCAGGAUGCAUCUUUGCCUCAGUUCAUCCCUAGAGGAACAUUUUGCAACCAUUGGCAUCCACUUGUUUCUUUGCAUUAACUUCAUAUGCAGUCGAGCUACCUCAGAAAUUUGCCUAAGGUGCAGUCUGAACACACCUUUAAAGGCAACCCAGUUUUAUAUAUGUAGCUGUCAGUUGGAUUUUGGUAGUGCAGGGGUUUUCUGGAUUUACAUUUAUUUCUUGGUGAACAGAGAUGCAAAGACACAAACUGAACACCAUUGAAAAGUUGCUAUUUCUACUAUUUUUUGUGCUGUAGGCUAUAAUAAAUGUAAUAACUCACUACUUGUAUGAUUCUCAGAAACCUCUAUCAUUGGCAGAUUGCAGGAUCACUUGUUCUUACCCACAUCUGGUUUAGCAGUAUGGACGGUGAUAAAAAACCAUAAUCAAAAAUAAUCUUUUGAACGUUAAGUAGCAGCUGCUCUGUCGUUUAGGUACGGAAGAGGAUUGGGGUCACACAUGAUUUGAGUUUUAAAAUUUAAAGUCAGAAUUGGGAGAAUAAGUCAGACUUCUG